AAUUCCCUCAGUUCGUUGCCAACAACUGCCCUAGGUUGUCGCGGCUGUCCCCGCGCAUGAGCGGGUCGUUCGAAAACACGUCCUUAUGACGGAGGUAAACGAUUGUGUACCUACGUGUUACAAGUGUUAUCGGGAUAAUAAUUUCUAUAGAAUAUUAGAGCGGUUGACCCGAGAAUGAAACGUGAUGAGUCUGUAAGGAGCAUCAGAAGAUACUCGGGCCAGCGGCGUGUGAGCGCCCAGGGGCCCGCGUUGGGCAUCGGCUGGCGGCAGAACUCUCUUACUAUCAGCACUCUCGCCCAGCAGAACGCUUACUUGACUGAAAAGCUACAAGAAGAAGAACCGGAAUACGGUCAAGCGACAUCUUUUACCCAAUUAUUCAGAUUCGCAAAACCAUGGGAGCUCUUCCUCCUCUUCUUGGGCGUUAUCCUGGCGAGCCUGAACGGCUUGUCGGUGCCGGUCGGCGUCAUCGUGUACGGCGAGUUCACGUCGCUGCUCAUCGACCGUACCGUCAUGACCGGCACUUCAACGUCCACGUGGUCUAUUGCGCUCUUCGGCGGUGGACGAGUCCUCACGGAUGCGAGCCCUGAAGAGAACCGUAAGGCGCUGGUCGAGGACUCUCAGGCGUUCGGCAUCGGCUGCGCUACAUUCGCGUUACUACAGUUCAUCGUGGCAGCUAUAAGCGUCGAUCUGUUUAAUUACGUGGCGCUUAAACAGAUUGUCAGAGUGAAGGAGAAGUUCCUACGAGCUGUACUUCGCCAAGAUAUAUCUUGGUAUGACAUGAACACGACCAUGAAUUUUGCAACCAAAGUAUCAGACGAUGUAGAAAAAUACCGCGACGGUAUCGGCGAGAAGAUCCCCAUGCUCGUGUACCUGGUGAUGUCGUUCGUCACCGCCAUCGUCAUCUCACUGUACUACGGCUGGGAGCUAACGCUCGUGGUGUUGUCCUGCACACCUAUCAUCAUCGCCACCACGGCGGUGGUCGCCAAGGUCCAAUCGUCCCUGACGACGCAAGAGUUGAAAGCGUACAGUGUGGCUGGUGUUAUUGCCGAGGAGGUGCUUUCGGCCAUUCGGACCGUCGUCGCUUUCGGGGGCGAAGCCAAGGAAAUAAAAAGAUAUGAGGUUCUCCUCGAACCAGCCAAAAAAACGGGAAUGAGGAAAGGCAUGUUCUCUGGCAUCGGCAGCGGGGUGAUGUGGCUGAUCAUAUACGCCACCUACGCCCUGUCAUUCUGGUAUGGCGUGUGGCUGAUCCUAGGGAGCAGGCUAGAUCCAACGCCGACGUACACGCCUGCCGUGCUGAUGAUAAUAUUCUUCAGUAUCCUCCAAGGCGCUCAGAACGUGGGUCUGACCUCGCCCCACCUGGAAGCUAUCUCGAGUGCCCGUUCGUCGGCUGGCUCCAUUUUUGAAGUGCUGGACAGAAAGCCGGCCAUAGACAGUCUCUCUACUGAAGGAGCGAAACCUGAGCUGGGAGGGGACUUGGAGCUAAAAGAUGUGUAUUUUAGGUACCCCGCAAGGUCUGAUGUCAGUGUCCUCAACGGGAUAAAUCUAAAGAUCAACCCGAACGAGACCGUAGCGCUCGUCGGGUCCAGCGGCUGCGGCAAGUCCACAGUCCUGCAGCUCCUUCAACGGAUGUACGACCCCGAUUCAGGGUCCGUUACGGCUUCGGGCCAUGACCUCAGGAAUAUCAACGUGAGGCAUCUUAGGAACCAUAUUGCUGUGGUGGGACAGGAGCCAGUGCUGUUUGCGGGUACUAUUAUGGAGAAUAUAAGGAUGAGUAACCCCUCGUGUACGGACCAGGAAAUAUACGUAGCUGCAAAACAAGCAUACUGCCAUGCUUUUAUCAAGAAACUGCCGGACGGCUACAACACACUAAUCGGCGAAAGAGGCGCCCAGCUAUCCGGAGGCCAGAAGCAAAGGAUAGCCAUAGCUAGGGCUCUAGUGCGGAGGCCUAAGAUCCUGCUGCUGGACGAGGCCACGUCGGCGCUGGACUCGCACAGCGAGGCCAAGGUGCAGCGCGCGCUGGACGCCGCGGCGCACGGCCGGACCACCGUUAUGGUCAGCCACAGAUUGGCCACCGUCCUGAACGCGCACCGCAUCAUAUUCAUCGACAAAGGCGAGGUGGUGGAGGAAGGCACCCACGAAGAACUGUUGAAGCUAAAGGGCCGCUAUUAUCAGCUGGUACUCAUGAACGAGCCUAGUAUGGCGCCGGGUGCUGAGGAUCAGGCUGGAAAGGACCCGGGGAAACACGCCAAAGUCCGAAGACCAAAACUCGAGAAACUAGCAUCAGUGGAGUCGAUACAAAGCACAGCUUCGCAAGACUCAGGGUCGGAAGACAGUCUGCCGAUGGAAGAACAAGGUCCUAAGGAGUAUAAACCUUCGACCUGGCAGAUCCUGAAGCUGUGUGAACCAGAGAAAUGGCUGAUGGUGGCUGGGAUAGUCGCGGCCAUUGCUGUUGGCGCGUCUUUUCCAAUGUUCGCUAUAUUGUUUGGUGAAACUUAUGGGUUGUUAGAAAGCACCAACGAGCGCUACGUAAUGAGUGAAACCAACAAGAUAGCGUUAAUGUUCAUUGGCGUGGGAAUCCUCACGGGCGUCGGCAUAUUCCUGCAGAUCUACAUCUUCAACGUAACGGGCGUGCGGCUCACUGCGCGGCUAAGGGUUGCAGCAUUUGCCGCUAUGUUAAAGCAGGAGAUUGGAUGGUUCGACGACUCGGCGAACGGCGUGGGCGCUCUGUGUGGUCGACUCGCCGGCGACGCCGCCGCCGUGCAAGGGGCGACCGGCACCCGAAUCGGCGCUCUAAUGCAAGCCGGUGCAACAAUAAUCAUCGGCAUCGCGCUCUCCAUGUACUUCACGUGGAAGAUGACCCUGGUCUCGCUGGUGUCCGUGCCCAUGGUCAUCGGCGCCGUGGUGCUGGAGGGCCGCGUGCUGGCCGAGGGCAUAAGCAUCAUGCUGAAGGCCUCGCAAAAAGCGACUACUAUAGCGACGGAGGCCAUCUCUAACAUUAGAACGGUGUCGGCGUUCUGUGGCGAGGAAGGCGUGAUCCAACGCUACGUGGAGGCGGGUCGGGCGGCCGCGAAGACCGCUAUUAAAAGCGUUCGCUGGCGCGGCUGCGUGUUCGCCUUCGGGCAGACCGCUCCCGUCGCUGGCUACGCUCUAUCGCUGUGGUACGGCGGCGUACUCGUUGCCAACCGAGAGGUGCCGUACAAGGAUGUCAUCAAGGUAUCAGAAGCCCUCGUGUUCGGCUCCUGGAUGAUGGGGCAGGCGCUGGCGUUCGCGCCCAACUUCGGGGCGGCAGUGUUGGCGGCCGGUCGGGUCUUCCAACUGCUGGAGCGCAAGCCGCUCAUCGACAGCACACACGCUCCGUCCGUGCCCGAAGACUAUGUCGCCAAAGGAAAGAUUCAGUACAAGAACAUAAGAUUCCGCUACCCGACCCGCAUGGAGGUGGAAGUGUUGCGUGGACUUUCACUGGAGAUCCCUAGUGGCAAAAGGAUAGCGCUGGUGGGCCCGAGUGGCUGUGGAAAGUCUACGUUGAUGCAACUGCUGCAGAGAUUAUACGAUCCGGAGGACGGGAUGGUGUAUUUGGACGACUACAGCGUCACCGCAGAUAUGCGCUUGUCUACUCUCCGCCGCAACCUCGGCAUCGUCUCGCAGGAGCCAGUCCUCUUCGACCGCACUAUAGCGGAAAACAUUGCAUAUGGAGAUAAUACGAGGACAGUUCCGAUAGAACAGAUAGUGCAGGCAGCUAAGGAAGCUAAUGUACAUUCAUUUAUUGCUGCUUUACCUAAGGGCUACGAAACCCGUAUUGGCGCCCGGGCUUCACACCUCUCCGGCGGUCAGAAGCAGAGAAUAGCCAUUGCCCGGGCACUGGUUCGCAACCCACGGGUCUUAUUACUGGACGAGGCAACGUCAGCGCUUGAUACGCAUAGCGAAAAGAUUGUCCAAGAAGCCCUUGACAAAGCGAGCGAAGGUCGCACCUGCCUCAUCAUCGCUCAUCGCCUCGCAACCAUCCAGAACGCGGACAUGAUCGUGGUGGUCGACCAGGGCGUGGUCGCGGAAAAGGGCACGCAUAAGGAGCUGAUCGCGCUCAAGGGGAUCUACGCGCGGCUUUAUGAGCUGCAGGUCGGCAUCGUUGAGGAGAGCGAGGAGAAUUUAGCUGGUGAAACUGCAUAAAAUGCUGGGCAUUUUCACUUAAAAGUGUACCAUUUACUUUUAUUCGGAAAUCCAUCAACUUUUGGGUUAUUUUUACUCAGAAUCACGAGGAAAAAAAGUCCCCAAGAAAAUGUCAGUUUUGUAACGCAUACAUUCAUUUUGUAUGUACCGUUACAAAACUGACACCCAACAUUUUUAUAAAAAACUGGGUACACUUUUUUUCUUGGUCUUUCAAUAGUACUCGUGAUUCUGUGUCUAAAUAUCCCAAAAGUUGAUCGUUUUUGGUACAAUUUUUUCUCAAAACCCCCUGAUACUAAGUGCAAGGUCUGAAUGGACGCUCGAGUUGGGCGUGCAGCGGGGCGGGGCGUGCGGCGUGCAUAUUAAACAAGUGCAAACGUAGAGGAGCGGCCUUAGUGCACGCUGCUCACAUCACUUGUGAGCCCGACGCCACGCUGCACGCCCCGCUGAACGCUCCGCUUCGAGGCCUGAGCCUUACACUAAUGGUGAUGAAUACAGCCUACCACGAGGCAGCUUACUACUUAAUUGUUCAGUCUACUUUUGUGUUCUAUUGAAAAAGCCUGGGAUAACUGAUUUUGUCUCACUAAAUAAAGUAAUUGUACUUUUUUACCUAUUGUAAGAUCAAAAUAGUAAGUUCUUUCAAAAAACGUUAUUUGUGGAUAUUUGUAUUGUAUGUUAUAUUAUAUCCCUAUAAUAGUUCGUAUUCAUUUUUAAAGUGGCCAUGAAAUAUUGCGGCUGGGUGGACCUAGGGUACCUAUUAUUUAUAAAGUUCCUACCUAUCCUACAUUCCUAUAGUCAUUCCCUAAACAUUUUGGCGGUAUAAUAAUUAUUUACCCUAUGUCUUUAUUAGCUGGUAAAGCAAAUGAUUGUACUUAUACUAGAGUCUUUUGUUUCCCAUAAAGUUUUGUCGUAAUGUAUUGUUUGUCCGCAUUUUCGUUAGUCAUAAUUUGGUUUCUCAGAAACUCGUAACUUUUCAGGAUUGCCAUAAAACAAACCUAGCCUAACCUAUCUAUAAGAUAACUUUACGAAAAAACUGAAAAGUUAACGGUUUCAGAAUUAUGACUAAUGAUAAUCUGACCAUCAUUACAUUAUGACUUUCAAUAAUUAUGUCAAACAAAGGGAUCCGACUUAUACUAUGAUAAAAACCGUGACUUUCACGAAUUGGAUAAAAUGGUAUUGCUUUAUUUCUUAAAAUCAUAUAUCCGAGUAAUGUUUUGUAGGUACAUAAGUAGGUACCUACCUACGUAGUGUCAUGUUCUAAUCCCACACUCCCUAUAUUCAUUCCCUUAAAAAUACGUAUGAUACGUACCUACGCUGCAUACUUAUUUGACUUCCCCUUCAAACAAAUUUCUAUGCAGGGGGGUCAGAUCUCUGCAGCUGACAUGUACAUCUUUUCAGAACAAUCGUGUUUUUGCCUUUGCCUUACCUGUGUUUUUGGAUAAAAUAUGAGAAGGGGCGUUCCAGAGAAGUGUGGAGAGUACGUGGCGCAAUUUUUUUAACACUUCUGAUAAAGUUAAGAAGCCGAUAUUUGACAUGAUAACGUUUGAUAACCUAGCUUAACCCUUAAAUGCAUGAUUUUUUGUAUAACUUUUUAAUAAAUUGAAAUAGAUGUGUCAUGUUGUAUAGAUUGAGGGAAAAAUAAAGAAAAAAAUCAUAGUAUUUAAAAAAACAUAUAUUUUUUACGAUGCAUAUAUACAUCAUUAUGCAUUUAAGGGUUAAAUUCAACGGUAUAUAAUACAGAUUUCUGCAGGUUGGUAGCUGCCAUAAUAUGCGUCACGUCUCCUACAGAAUAGACCAUUUUGUGAAAUGCCCCUGAAUGCCUUUAAUUAUGGUACCUACAGUGUUUGUGCUUAAGAAUAAUGUGUUUUUGAAAUGUUACUUACAUAUAAAUUAUAUCAUCAUUGUGAAAAUUAUUUAUAAUGUAAUAAUGCCGGUAUGCCACCUUUUCACGGCACCCAUCUUGAACCAAUUUUGAGUGUCAACUCAUCAACUGUUUGCGAUUGACUGUACAUAAGUGUUAUAUAGUUUGUAAAUAUUCUGAUAUAUUUUUUAACUCAGUCGUACUUGUUUUUAGUUGUUUAAGUCAGAAAGGGAGACGUUUCAUUUCUGAUUACAACCUAGGGUGAAUUAGGGCACUACUGGUCAUUUUCCCUGAUUCGCCAUUUUAACGAAAAUGGCGAUGGAAAUUGACGAAUCAAAGAUUUUGAUGGCAUUGACAAAUUAGUGAAACUGACAAUUAACGAAAAUGGCGAAUCUCUCCCUAAGGUGAACUCCCUGGGUGACUGCUAUAGUUAUUGCCCCCUCCAUAGUUAUUGGCAACUCUUAACAAGCCAAAUAGAAAUAAAGAAACAAGGCAAAAGUCUUAUUGUUAAGAGUGGUCAAUUACUAUGGAGGGGCCAAGAAUUAUAACAGUCACCCUACUUAUUAAUACUUAGACACUUUUUUGCGCUUAAGUAUGUAAUAACGAAAAUCGAAAAUUAUUGCUUUUUUCUAAAAGUUUGUCACUGUCAAAAAUUAUAUAUUACGUAGCUCUGUUUACAAAAUUAAAUAUAAUUGGUCAAACCAAAUUAUAUAUUAUUUAUUAAGUAAGGAAACUAAUGUUCGGAGUGAGCAAUGAACACAAAUUGUAUAGGAUUUAAAAUUUUAUGAAAUAAUAUGUUCUUUUUCAUUUCCUUUCUAAACAAAAAUCGCUGAGCUCUAAGGCGGUUAAUUUAAUAUGACAUAGAACUAUAUCCAUAUUCUUCGAAUUGUGUAAAAUCAUGAAAAAUGUUUUCAUAAAUAAUUGUAUGCAUUUUCAUAGCUGUAGGUGUGUUUGACAAGAACAAACUUGAUAGUUUUAUAACAUAGCUCCGUGUGACACGUCGUGCUCAAGUAUCAAGUAAGGUGGUCAAAUCUUAUCACAUUGGAUGCUUAAUUGCUUAUCCGCACUCCACUCCGGUGUGCGAGCGGGACAUUCGCUAUACAGGGUGAAAUUUUAACUACCGUUCAUACUCUGCGUAGUGACUUUAUAGGUCAUACCGAGCAACUUUUAUUAUAGGACCAAUGCCGACAUCGCGAAUAAAAUUUUGGCUGUCCCAUAGAAAUCAGCGGCUGAUGUGAUCAUCAGCCGGAAUGUAUGAAACAGCCAAAAAUUUUUCCGCGAUUUCGGCAUUGGUCCCAUAAUAAAAGUUGUUCAGUAUGAACCUAUAAAAUCACUACGUAGAGUAUGAACGGUGUGGUUAAAAUUUCAUACUGUAUACAGGCUGGCUAAAAAUAGGUGCAUUCCCGUUGCCAGGGAGGUUUGGGAUUAUACUGAGCAACUUUUACUAUGGGACCAACCACGAAAUCGCAAAAAAAAAUUACCCUCCCAUAGAAAAUGGACCAGCCAAAAUGUAUGAAACAGCCAAAUUAUUGUAAACUCGCGCGCCUAGAAGAUGUUGAUGUCAACUUUAGCCAUUCUUCUUCGAGACCACGGGGACAACGCCGUCCUCAAAACGUCGGAGGUGAAUUUAAAACUUAGUUUACGCGAUUAAGUCCCGUCGUUGUGAAUAACAAUGAGCCAAAUUAUUUUUCGCGUUUCCGUGGUUGGUCCCAUAGUAAAAGUUGCUCAGUAUAAUCCCAAAACCUCCCUGGCAAUGGGAAUGUACUUAUUUUUAGCCACGGUGAAUACGAGCAUACCUAUAGCGUUGUCUCGCACUUACACUGGAGCGUCGUGAGUAUAUGGUUCAGUGUGAUAAUCGCGUAAUGACGUUGAAAUAUUUUUAUAACUGUUUGUUUUGUAGCAUUGUAUUGUAACUCAUUAGGUAUAGUAAUAUAAAUUAUAUAU